AUGGCUCGUCGUCCGUCUGCUGGUUCAAUCUCGCUGGUAACCUCAAUUGAACCUCGUCAGAAUGGCUUGUCUCCUGCGACAUCUAAACGCCACCCUCCCCUGCCUUUGGAUACCUCCAGACGACCCUCAGUUCGCUCGGCAUCCACGUUCCAGAAGCUAGAUACAUCGGCCAAUGUGGGCGACCUUGACCCUGACGACCUGUUUGCGAAGCACAGCGUCGCGGAGGUUAGGAUGAUACAGCAACGCCUCAGGGCGGACGCGGACGCGAAGCAGGAGGAACUUCGGCUCAUGGUUGGGGAACGGUAUCGCGACCUUCUGGAGGCCUCCACGUCUAUCCUCGGCCUAGCCAAGUCCUCAAAGCACGUUCUGGAGGCUCUCGAGGAGAUGCGUGAGACUGUGAACGCCAUUACCCCUGUUCGCGCACCGAAGCGGGCAGCUACAGGAGAAGACAAGCACUUGCAAGCGCUGCAGUCGUUGUCUGCCCAUGUCAAGUUGCUUCUGGAUGCUCCAGAACACCUUUGGCGACUGAUGGAGAAACGGUCGUAUUUGAAUGCGGCAUGGCUCUUCCUUCUGGCACGCGUGGUCUAUCGUGCUCUUUCUCAAGAGGACGACGAUCAAAGCUGGCAUUCCUAUGGUAUCGAUGUCAUGGAGCAAAUGCCGCUGGUGCAGCGGCAGUGGGACACAAUCACCCCCUUCCGCUCUCAAAUAUCGCACAGGGCUACACUGUCGCUCCGAGAAGCCAGCAAUACGCCUGGGGAGGUCUGUGCUACCUUGCUUACGCUACAUCUCCUCGAAUCGCGACCGCUGCCAGAGACGCUUACAAUAUACCUCGCCCAACGCACGAAGACGUUGUCGGGUCUCCUCACACGCAACGCGUCGACCUCCGCCAACGGCUCUGCGACGGAUGCGAAACCCAACGGCAGGGUAUCCAACCGACCCCGCAAAGUCGUUCUACGAGAAACAAAGCAGAAGGCAGAGGCUUUGCUGGACGCCAUCUCACGCACCGUCUCCACGGCACGAACUGUGUUUGCGGAUUAUGGUUCCACGAGCCCGUCCCUGAUGAAGCAGGCGUUGCAGUUCUUCCAGGCCCCCUCGGACAACCCUGAAUCGCUCCCCCCGGAGCUGCAGCUUACGACGCAAAUUAUCUUGACAACGCUGCCGUCCUCUAGCCACCUCUUGUUACUCCCUCAGAGCAUCCGUACCUAUAAGCCAUACAUCGACAGUGCCACUGCGUUGACCCCAGCGCUGCAGCCACAGUUGAGGGACAAGCUGGAGGGCUGGUUCAAGAAGAUGAUCAAGGACGCUCGAGAGGCCCUCGCAGACUGGUUCGCCUCCCUAGAGACUAUCGGGGAAGUCUGGGAUGUCCGCGGCUCCCUUCUCACUUGGCUAAGCGGGACUCAGGGCUUGGAGUCGCCUGAGCGCCAGGAGCUGAAGUCUAUCAUUGAUCUCGCAUCUCAAAACCAGGCAACGUCCGUCUGGAAGAGCGCACUGGGGCUGUUGGAGGUGUCAUUCCGCGACGCGGUGACCUCCGCGAUGAGGGCAUUGGAACAGGAGGCGGCGGACCACAAAUUUGAUACCCAGCCUGUCGAGCACUUGUUCUUGGCGCCAUCUAUCCCGCUAUUACAGACAGCUGCGCAAAGUUCCGCUGCGGCGGCUCAAUUCUCAAAAUACAAGUCAGCGUUGCGACAACAGCUCACGGGUCGCACUCCCUUGUUGGAGUCCACGCUGGUGACCCUGGAGCGGCACGCUUCUGACAUACAGAAGGAUGUGGCCGUGAUGACAAGGCCAUCUGAACCGAGCAGUGAGCAGGUUGUGCACAUGUUGUCCGCCUAUCGUACAGACGCAGAAGCUCUUUGCGAGAGGAUUUGCGACGUCUUGGAAGGCACCAACGAGAAGGAUUUGUCGAGAAACUCCGUGUUCAUUGCCAGGAUCUGUCAAGAACUGAUUUCCUCUUCUGAUUUCUUCACACGGGUAGGGUGCAGUCCGACCACGACUGACGUGCUCCGAGAUCGCGUGCACACUCUAUACGUCACUUUGACGGAGACAUGGCAGGAGCGUACCGUCGCGCGAAUCGUACAGGUCAACUUCUCGGAACAACCUCUCGGUCACAAUAUCCGACAUUCAUCGGAUGACUCCACUGCGCCCAGUCGGCCAUCUCAUGCCCUCGCGCAGGCACUGCUCUCACUAUCCCUCGAAAUGCAGCAACUUGGCGUUUGCCUAGAGGGAGAUCGUCGAAGACUCCAGGUCGCAUCCGCGCUCCGUCGAUUCGUUGUCGCCUACCUUGCUCGACUGGAACGCAAUGCACCGGAAUCAAUUGACAUUCAGACUUUGUGGGAUCUCGCAUUCCUGCAAAAGCUAACUCAACUAUGGGGAAAGGAUACUUCGGACACCUCCGAUCGGCUUGCAGCCAGUAUCACAGCUAGGCGAGACGCGUGGACUGGUGCGAAGGUACCGCCACAACCUGAUUUAGCCGCAUCGGCGCUGGGAUACUUGUCCAGGACGCAAAUACUUUUCGCGGGGUUGCUCCCCUUCGAAACUCGCCGCAAUCCCGGGAAGGCCGAGCCAAUGGUGAACGCAGAGAAACCGUCAAACCUCCUGGUUUACGGCACACCAGCAGUGGACACGAAGUUUGAGCCCGCUCUCGAGUUGGUCAAGCCACCUCCAAGGUUCGGACUGCUCCUAGUAGGCGGCGCGGCGGUUCGCUGA